AUGGCAGGUUGGUUGGACUCUGUGAAAUCGACACUAUAUGGUGGCCUCCACUCAUCUAUCAUCGAUCUUGGAGGCGCUGAAUGCGCUCACCACAUCCCAUUUUGGGUUAAAAUAACAGAAUCCGUCGGCGUCAUCAUCUACGCGGCCAUUGUCAUUGCAUGGACGGCGAAAAAGGUGACCUAUGUGACGGACGAGGACGUUUUGGUGAUGAGAGCGAGAGACAUACGUGUUGGCAGUGGGUGUAGGAGUGUGAUGCUGAUGAUCUUGGCGCUUGUGUUUGGCAUGGAGUUGAGUUACAAGGUCGUCAUUGGACGCUUGCUCUUCGUCAUGAAUCCUUGUCAUGUCAUUACCAUUACGCAGCUCUGUUUGCUGUGUGUUGUACCCAGCAAGCUCUCUGUUGCUGUUUUCAGAGUAAUGAUUCAUAAUUUAUUUGGAGCGUUUCUUGGUCUUCUGUUUGCUGCAACGACUGGUAGACAGCUGCCUGGCCAAGUUUCCGUCUACUGGGCUCAGCACUUGUUGAUCUGCAUAAUCCCAAUGUACAUGAUCUAUUCAUGGGGUCCUCAGUGCUUAGAACCACUUUCUGAUUGGUCGUGGGCUCGAAUCAGUCUUGUAGUGUUUGGUCUCUACCAUCACCACAUUCUUCUCCCAUUGGCUGAGUUAACUCACGUCAAUCUUGGGUUUAUGCUUUGUCCUCCAUCGUCUGAUCCAAUUGGUGGCCCAUACUACCGAAUUAUAUAUACUAUCCUCAUGUCGAUUCUUGGAUUAACAAUCGGCAAACUCUACACUGCAACUUACUUUUGCCUCGCCAACCAAUUCUCAAUCAAAAACAAAGAAAACUAACACCAUUAUCAUAAUAAUAAAUAAUUAUUAUUAGUUUUCAAUAGUUUCCAUUUGACUUCAUAUUAUUGUAAAUAGCAAAUAUUGAACAAUAAUAUCAUUAUGAGAAUGGAUUAGUAGUACAGUAUAUGCAAACAAUUUCAGUGCAGUUUUGUCAUUUUUAAUAGACUCCGUUACUGU